AUUCCCCUCCUUAGCUUCUCUGCUUCCUUCUCUCUGCCCAUUCUGGGUUGCUGCCACCAUUGUUUCCUGGGCUUCCAGGACAGCCCUCCUGGUUCCUCCUGCUGCAGCACUUCUACCAUUGGAGCUGGGCAGAAAAAGAGCAGUGGCGGAGAGGGGCGGCAGGAUGAAUGUGGGCACAGCACACAGCGAGGUGAACCCCAACACGCGGGUGAUGAACAGCCGUGGCAUCUGGCUCUCCUACGUGCUGGCCAUUGGGCUUCUCCAUGCUGUGCUGCUAAGCAUCCCCUUCGUGAGUGUCCCUGUCGUCUGGACCCUUACCAAUCUCAUCCACAACAUGGGCAUGUACAUUUUCCUGCACACGGUGAAGGGGACACCCUUUGAGACUCCGGACCAGGGCAAGGCGAGGUUGCUAACCCACUGGGAACAGAUGGACUAUGGGGUCCAGUUCACAGCCUCUCGGAAGUUCCUGACCAUCACACCCAUUGUUCUGUACUUCCUCACCAGCUUCUACACCAAGUACGACCAGAUCCAUUUCAUCCUCAACACUGUGUCCCUGAUGAGUGUGCUCAUCCCCAAGCUGCCCCAGCUCCAUGGAGUCCGGAUUUUUGGAAUCAAUAAGUACUGAGGGUGCAGCCCCUUCCCCUGCCCAGGAUGGCUGGGGAAGGGUAGAAGGCCUGUGCUGUGAUACUGAAGACAGAAGGAGCCUCUGGACACUGCCAGAGAUUUGGGUUGAGCCUCUGGGCCUAGUUUACCCCCUUGCUUCCCCCAGUAGCCGACUUGGAGUAGCUUGUAGUGGCGUUGGGGUGAGCCCUUUGCGGCUCUGACCCCUUCCGAUUUUUUUGAUCUUUUCCUUUUGCCUUUUGAAUAGAGAAUCCAUGGGGGUGGUCAUGGAAUGGGCUGGGCUCCUGGGCUGAACACAACCUGUGAGGUUGGGACAGGAGGCCAGGGAAAAACCCCUGUUCACUUGUUUACCCUCAGGUGGCCAAAGCACUUUAACCCCGCAAGGGGAGCGGAGGGACGGUACAGCUUCUGGGUUGCUUCACUUUAAUUCUUAAGUCUUUCGGGUGCUACUCAGUGUGUGCUUGUAUGUAUGAAAUCAAGUGUAUGACGGGGCCUCGCCGCUGUGGGUGGAGAGCUGUCCAAUACAGGUCUUGGGCUUUUGGCAGCUCUCCUACAACCCCCCUGGGUACUGGGUGGGAGUGGGGAGGGUAAGGAGAGGGAAGGUGGGGUGGGUGUGGAUGGCCUGGUCCCAGAGGUGAGGGGGCCAGGGCUGCUGCCAUCUGGUCCUGCUGGAGGUUGUGGAGCAGGGGGAUAGUGAGUUGACACUUAGAAGAAUGGGGCCGAAUGGCAGCAGAGGAGUAGUGGGAGGGAGGGAAGGAGGGAGGGCUGAGGAGAGAAGCUAGGCCCAGCCUCGUCCUUUGGGUUGUGAGUAGGGAGGAGAGCAGGCUUGGGGGGUUAAUUUGCCCACAGAAUGGUGAUGGUAAUAGGGAAGGGAGGCUACUGUGGUUUUGAAACUCCUGGGUUGGCAUGAGGGGGUGGACGUGGGUGGAAGAGGUCCAUGAGUCAUCCAAGCACAGGUCCAAUCUGACAGCUGUCUCAGUGGCGUGAGGGGCGGGGGGAAGCUGCAGCAGAGAUGAUGGGUGGUGGGGCCCUCCACAGCCCCUCCCCUCCAUAACCUCCUCCUGCAGACUGGUGCUGGGACAGGCCUCUCAUGUGGCAUGCAUGUGUGGGGAUAUGAGGCCACCCCCAUGGGGUUGGUGGGCUCGAGCAGGGCAGUGGAAGUAGCAAGGAGUGGCCUGCAGGUGCAGUCACCUUGGCCUGAGAAGAGAGCUGGGGCUGGAGCCUGGGCCUGAGCAUGGGCUGGAGAGAAGCCGCUGUAUCCACCCCAGUCCAACUAGGGCAGUGUUAACUUUUGAAAAAAUGUGGAUGCCUGUGCUCUCUCCCAGCAGCCUGAGGGAGCAGGGGAGGUCACCGGCCCUGUUUGCUGCCUCCUGCUCCUCCACCUCCCACCCCGUGUAUAAUAGGGAACUUUCACCUCAAAAUCUUUCUAAGCAAAGUGUGAAUAGGAUUUUUACUCCCUUUGUACAGUAUUCUGAGAAAUGCAAAUAAAGGGCAAUGUGUCCCUGUUUCCCCA